AUGGCGUUGUCCCAGUUGGUUUCUUUCUCAGCCUCGGACCUUCUCCUGGCCUCUGCCAUCUUCUGCCUCGUGUUCUGGGUGGUCAGGGCCUCAUGGCCCCGGGUCCCCAAAGGCCUAAAGAGCCCGCCAGGGCCAUGGGGCUGGCCCCUGCUAGGGAAUAUGCUAACCCUGGGGAAGAGCCCACACCUGGUCCUGUCGAAGAUGAGCCAGCAGUAUGGGGACAUCCUGCAGAUCCGAAUCGGCUCUACGCCCGUGCUGGUGCUGAGCGGCCUGGACACCAUCCGGCAGGCCCUGGUGCGGCAGGGCGACGACUUCAAGGGCCGGCCCGACCUCUACAGCUUCUCCUUCAUCACCGAAGGCCAGAGCAUGUCCUUCAGUCCAGAUUCUGGGCCGGUGUGGGCUGCCCGCCGGCGCCUGGCCCAGAACGGCCUGAAGAGUUUCUCCAUCGCCUCUGACCCGGCAUCCUCAUCCUCCUGCUACCUGGAAGAACAUGUGAGCAAGGAGGCCGAGGUUCUUAUUAGUAGGUUCCGGGAGCUGAUGGCAAAGGUUGGGUACUUUGAUCCCUACAGAUAUGUGGUGGUGUCAGUGGCCAAUGUCAUCUGUGCCAUAUGCUUUGGCCGGCGCUAUGACCACGACCACAAAGAACUGCUUAGCAUAGUCAACCUGAGUAAUGAGUUCGGGGAGAUGGUAGCCUCCGGAAACCCAGCUGACUUCAUCCCCAUCCUCCGCUACCUGCCCAGCCCCGCCAUGAAUGCCUUCAAGGACUUGAAUAAGAAGUUCCACAGUUUUAUGCAAAAGAUGGUCAAGGAGCACUACAAAACAUUUGAGAAGGGUCACAUCAGGGACAUCACAGACAGCCUGAUUGAACACUGUCAGGAUAAGAAACUGGAUGAGAACGCCAAUAUCCAGCUGUCAGACGAGAAGAUCAUUAAUGUUGUCUCAGACCUCUUUGGAGCUGGGUUUGACACAGUCACAACUGCCAUCUCCUGGAGCCUCAUGUACUUGGUGACAAACCCUGAGGUACAGAGAAAGAUCCAGGAGGAGUUAGAUGCGGUGAUCGGCAGGGAGCGGCAGCCCCGGCUCUCUGAUAGACCCCAACUUCCCUACUUGGAGGCCUUCAUACUGGAGACCUUCCGACAUUCCUCCUUUGUCCCCUUUACCAUCCCCCACAGCACCACAAGAGACACAAGUCUACGUGGCUUUUACAUCCCCAAGGGACAUUGUGUCUUUGUGAACCAGUGGCAGAUCAACCAUGACCAGAAAUUGUGGGGUGACCCAUCUGAGUUCCGGCCCACACGAUUUCUUGCUCUUAAUGGCACUAUUGACAAGACACUGAGUGAGAAGGUGAUUCUUUUUGGCCUGGGCAAGCGGAAAUGCAUUGGGGAGACCAUUGCCCGCUGGGAGGUCUUCCUCUUCUUGGCCAUCCUGCUGCAGCAGCUGGAAUUCAGCGUGUCACCAGGUGUGAAGGUGGACAUGACCCCCAUCUACGGACUGACCAUGAAGCAUCCCCGCUGCGAGCACUUCCAAGUGCAGCUGCGCUCUUAGGCGCCUGAGAGCCCUGAGGCCUAGACUCUGGCUACUUGACCUUGCUAGGCAGCCAGACCAGGGAGCUGGCCCAGAGGUGUCUAAACUUCAACCUGAAACUCACACAGACUGGCCUGACUGAGUUUUUACCAUCUGAGCUAUGGGC